AUGCUGCCACAAAUUACGUCGAAUUAUGUUGUAACUUUGGUAGUGCUUUUAUGCCUAGGUUGUUCCCUGGUACCGCCUGCUCUUGCUGACCGGUGGUGUGCUGAUAGUUCCAAAGAUAUCGUAUUUCGCCGACUUGGAACCAAGACGCCUUACAGACACGUGCAAAAUAAAGAUGUACGAAACAUCGCCACAGUCGACGGUUGCAACGUGAGUAAAAUUUGGGGAUUGUUCCGUCAUGGCACACGAAACCCUUCGAAAAGCAUCAUCGAACAUAUGCAUACAACAUUAGUGGAGCUGCAGCGAGAUAUUCUGGAAAAUGGACGGUUAUGUCGCGAACAGUUGAAUAUAUUUGAGCGGUGGAAGCCACAGAUUAAGCUGGAAGAUGCAAAACUGCUGGUGCGUGAAGGGGCUGACGAGCUGUAUAACCUAGGCGACAGAAUACGUAAAAGGUUCGCACAACUUAUGCCCGAAAGCUACGAUGAAACAAUUUUUCGCUUCAAGUAUACUAAAACUGAGCGUGCAGAGUAUAGUGCACGAAACUUUACACGUGGACUUUUUGGACGUGAUGAACUUAUCGAAUAUCCGGAAGCCCUGGGACGGGACCCAGUACUUCGAUUUUAUAAGGGUUGCGAUAAGUGGAAAAAAACAGUUAAAGAAAACCCGUACUCAUACCGUGAAGUGGAUCGUUUCGGAGGGUCUAAGGAAAUGAGAAGCGUUAUUGAAAGGUUGUCUAAACGAAUUGGUACAUUCGUUAGUCCUGAAGAAGCUCGCGCUGUGUAUCAGACGUGUGCGUUUGAAACUGCAUGGAAUGAAAGAUACAUUUCACCCUGGUGUCUAUUAUUCGACAAGGAAAGUAUCACAACGAUGGAAUACAACGAAGAUUUAAAAUACUAUUGGAUAGAUGGGUACGGUUACGCACUAACAUAUCAGCAAGCUUGUUCGGCAUUCACCGAUCUUUUCGCAAGUUUCGACAACGUACAAAGUUCUCAGUUUACAUUCUAUUUUACGCAUUCGGGAACGCUUCUGAAAUCCAUGGCAUUUUUAAAUUUAUAUAAAGAUGACGAGCCACUGACCGCGAAUUAUAAUCGUCAUAAAAGAAGGUGGCGAGUUAGCCAUAUUGAUGCAUUUGGAUCCAACCUGUACUUUGCCUUGUACAAGUGCCCGAACCAAACGCAAUCCAUUGCUCUUUAUCAUCAGGAAAGACUUACACAUAUUCCGGGAUGCCCAGAAGGUGCAUUGUUUUGCAAUUAUGACCAUUUUAGACAACUUUAUGACGAACGGAUUCAGCAAUGUGAUUUGAAUACUAUGUGUUCCGACCCGCAUGUGCCUAGCUUGAAAAGAGAUGAGCUUUAAUUAUAUGUUGCAUCGUUAAGACACCAAUGUAAAUAUAUGUUUUAGCACAUGAAAUAAUUAUUUCAUGCAAAUGCUUUUGCAAACUACGUUAUUGUGUAGCCUAUUGGUUUGAAAAGUGCUUUUAUAUAACAAAAUAAAACA